AUGAGGGUCUUAGUAUGUUUGUUCCUUGGUCUUGUAGCAUCCACCAUAGCUGGGAAUCAUGACAAAUAUUCCGGGUAUACCGUCUAUGGUGUUCAUACAAACGAUCAGCUGCACCAGAAGGUACUUUCGGAUUUACAGAAAGAUCUCGACUUAGAUAUUUGGCGACAUGGGGUUCCGAAAGCUAGAGAUGCUUUGGUUAUGGUUUCACCGGAGAAUAGACUGGAAUUCCUAAAGAUUUUGGAAGAAAAUAACAUGCACCAUUACAUUCAUCUCAAUGAUGUUGCGAGGUCUCUGAAACAAAGGGACGAUGAAUUUUUAAGAUGGAAACUGAGCAGAGGAAGUGAAUUGUCACUUUUCGAGGACUAUCCAAGAUACGGUGAUAUCAUCGACUACAUGGAGAGGAUAGCUCGAAAUAAUUCAUCCAUAGUGACUGUAGUGAAUGCCGGCAAUAGCUUCGAGGGACGACCUGUGAAAUACUUGAAGAUAUCAACAACAAACUUUACUGACACAAGUAAACCUAUUUACUUCCUGGAAGCGACGAUGCAUGCUCGUGAGUGGGUGACAACUCAGGCAGCUCUUUACACCAUACAUCGAUUGAUAGAAGACUUGAAGACUGAGGAUAUGGAUCUGAUACAAGGAAUCGACUGGAUCAUAUUCCCAGUGGUGAAUCCUGAUGGAUAUGAAUAUUCUCAUACAACAGAUCGCAUGUGGAGGAAAACACGUUCGUUCAAUGCAACGAUCAGCGCCACAUGUUACGGUGUCGAUCCAAACAGGAACUUUGACAUUGAAUUUAAUACAGUAAGCGUGUCUUCUGAUCCCUGUUCAUCAAUAUAUCCUGGACAUGAAGCAUUCUCGGAGCCAGAAACACGAUACGUUAGAGAUAUUCUACUGGAGUACAAAAAUCGUAUCCAAGUAUUCAUGGAUACUCAUAGUUAUGGCAACUAUAUUGUUUACGGCUUCGACAAUGGGACUCUGCCGCAGAACGCGCUACAUAUUCAUCAAGUGGGUGCCUUAAUGGGUGCAGCCAUCGAUACUCUUAAAUUACAAAAAGCACCCUUCUACAUUGUCGGUAACUCGAUGUACGUCUUCUACGCUGUAUCUGGAAGUGGUCAGGAUUACGCACAGGCAGUCGGUGUAGGAUUCUCAUACACUAUAGAGUUGCCGGGAUACGAAUAUGAUUUCCGAGUUCCUCCGUCAUACAUCAAUCAGAUCAAUACCGAGACCUGGGAAGGUAUUGCAGCAUCGGCGAGAGCAGCGAGAUCUUACAUUGUAUACGGUGUCAAGUUAGAAGAUCAAGUGGACCAAGAGGUAUUUUAUGGGUUACAAUCUGGACUGGAUUUAGACUUAUGGGAGUACGGAGUGCCCAAAGUUAAAGAUGCUCUCGUCAUGGUCUCACCCGACAAGAGAAAGAGAUUUCUGGACACUUUAGACAGAAAUAACAUCAAACACUACCUUCACUUAUCCGACGUGGCCAAGGCUUUGGAAGACAACGAUGACGAUUUGUCUAGUUGGGGACGUGACUCGAGCAGAGUUUUUGAAAAGUACGCAAGAUACGCUGAGAUAGAUGCAUACCUUGAGGAGGUAGCACGGACUUAUCCGCAGAUAGCGACGCUCGUGAACGCUGGACUCAGUUUCGAAGGUCGUGCUGUCAAAUAUUUAAAGAUAUCCACAUCAAACUUCACUGACCCCAGCAAGCCUGUUUACUUCAUCGACGCCACGAUGCACGCUCGCGAGUGGAUCACGACCCCACCCGCUCUGUUCACCAUCCACCGUCUGGUGGAAGAUCUUCGAGAACAAGACAGAGACUUACUGGAAGAAAUCGACUGGAUCGUGAUGCCGCUGGAACGUCUAUGGCGGAGGACUCGUUCAUUCAAUAUCACAAGACAUCCUGAAUGUUACGGAGUGGAUGCGAAUCGAAACUUCGACAUAGACUUCCAUGGCCUCGGCUCCAGCACCGACCCCUGCUCGAACACAUUCCGUGGUCACGAACCCUUCUCAGAACCUGAAACAGGUUAUGUUAGAGACGUGAUACUAGAACACAUUGAUCGUAUGCAAGUGUACCUUAACGUACACAGUCAUGGUAACCUCAUCUUGUACGGUUACGGCAACAGGACCUUACCCUCCAAUGUAGUUCCUCUCCAUCAAGUCGGUGCCGUCAUGGGAGCAGCUAUAGAUCAUAAUAAACUCCUCGAGGCUCCCUACUAUGUGGUUGGAAACAGUGCGCUCGUACUGUACAUAAGCUCCGGCAGCGCGCAGGAUUAUGGACAGGCGGUUGGUGUACCCUUCUCCUACACGCUGGAGUUGCCUGGAAUGGGUUAUGGGUUCCAGAUUCCCGUCAGGUACGUCAACCAAGUCAAUAUGGAAACCUGGGAAGGCAUCGCCGCAUCAGCACGAAUCGCUAAAAUAUAUUACAGAGCAAGAAAUCAAUAA